ACAUCCGGGUCACGCUCAUAUCGGCCAGUGUCGCUCCACAAGAUGUCCAGCAUCAAAAUAGCAGCGGUUUUUUAAAUUAGAUAAACAGUAUUCGCUGCGAUUCCACUGUGACUAUAACCUGGAGCUCUACUGAAUCUGCUGCUGAUGCGCGAUGAGCAGCAACAGUCACCCUCUGCGGCCGCUGCCCUCCGUGUCGGAGAUCGAUCACGUGCACCUGCUGUCCGAGCAGCUGGGCUCGCUGGUGUCGGGACAGGAGUACAGUGACGUCACCUUCCUCGUAGAGCAAAAGCGCUUUCCUGCGCAUCGCGUCAUUCUCGCGGCACGAUGCCACUAUUUCAGGGCUCUUCUGUACGGCGGGAUGAAGGAGUCGCAGCCGCAGGCCGAGGUGUGUUUGGAGGACACACGUGCCGAAGCCUUCGGGAUGCUGCUGCAGUAUCUGUACACGGGCAGAGCCAGUCUCAGCUCCGCACGUGAGGAUGUUCUGCUGGACUUCCUGGGCCUGGCCAACCGCUACGGCCUGCAGCUGCUGGAGGACUCCACCUCCGAGUUCCUGCGGACGGUGCUCAACACGCAGAACGUGUGUCUGGUGUUCGACGUGGCCACUCUGUACUCGCUGAGCGCCCUCUCCGCCGCCUGCUGCUGCUACAUGGACCGGCACGCUCCGGACGUCCUGCUGUCAGACGGGUUCAUGACGCUGUCUAAGGCAGCUCUGUUGAUGGUCGUUCAGCGAGACUCUUUCGCAGCCAGCGAGCGGGAGAUUUUCCAGGCUUUGUCUCGCUGGUGUCGCCAGAAUGGCGAAGGGUCGGCCACACAGGAAGUGAUGUCAGCUGUGCGUCUGCCGCUCAUGACGCUGACGGAGAUGCUGAACGUGGUGCGUCCCUCGGGUCUGGUCAGUCCAGAUGACCUUCUGGACGCCAUCAAGACGCGCUCCGAAAGCCGAGACAUGGACCUGAACUACCGCGGCAUGCUGAUUCCCGAGGAGAACAUCGCCACCAUGAAGUACGGCGCUCAGGUGGUCAAAGGCGAGCUGAAGUCGGCGCUACUCGACGGAGACACGCAGAACUACGACCUGGACCACGGCUUUUCCAGACACCCCAUUGAGGAGGACGGACGCGCCGGGAUCCAGAUCAAACUCGGCCAGGCCUUCAUCAUCAACCACAUCCGCAUCCUCCUGUGGGACCGAGACAGCCGCUCGUACUCGUAUUACAUUGAGGUGUCCAUGGACGAGCUGGAUUGGGUUCGAGUGGUGGAUCACUCCAAGUUCCUGUGCCGCUCCUGGCAGAAUCUGUUCUUCUCUCCUCGUGUCUGCAGGUACGUGCGGAUCGUAGGAACACACAACACCGUCAAUAAAGUCUUCCAUCUGGUGGCCUUCGAGUGCAUGUUCACCAACCAUCCGUUCACUCUGGAGAAAGGCCUGCUGGUGCCCAGUGAAAACGUGGCCACCAUCUCGGCGUGUGCGAGCGUGAUCGAGGGCGUGAGUCGCUGCAGAAACGCCCUCCUGAACGGAGACACGCGCAACUACGACUGGGACUCGGGCUACACGUGUCAUCAGCUGGGCUCCGGAGCCAUCGUCAUUCAGCUGGCCCAGCCCUACAUCAUCAGCUCACUGCGGCUGUUGCUGUGGGACUGUGACGAACGCUCGUACAGUUACUACAUCGAGGUGUCUACUAACCAGCAGCAGUGGACUAAAGUGGUGGACCGCACAAAACUGUCCUGUCGAUCCUGGCAGACGCUCAUGUUCGACAAACACGCGGCGGCGUUCAUUCGGAUCGUGGGAACUCACAACACGGCCAAUGAGGUGUUUCACUGUGUGCACUUCGAGUGUCCAUCACAGCUGGAGGGCAGCCCGUGACAUCAGACCUCGUACCCGUCAGCGGUGCUGAACUGCACACCGGCUCAGGACCGUCUAAUCCUGACCGUCAGCACAGCUUCGACUUCUCAAUAAGCUAUCGGCUAAUGUUUCAUUUGUAUUGCCCAGAUUUUAUUGGUUGAUUUGUUCAUUUUAAGUGUUAUUUAUUAGUAGAUAAUUUUCUUGAUAUUGUAAAUGUCAGUUGAUCUGAAGCAUCAUAAAACGUAUUUAUUCAAGAAAAUGUUUUCUCCUAUAAUAUAUUCUGUUGCGCUGUAGGAAUGGUAGCGUACCGAAACACUUAUUCCAUUGAGUUUUAAUAUGAUUCAUCCUAACGUAUUAAAUACACAUUGUAUUUGAUCCUAUUUGAAUCAAAGUAUAAUUGAUAUUCUAUUCUGCUCUGUGUUGUAUUUCUAGACUUUUCCUCAACUUUUUUACGUGCGGUGAUAAUGGCCCUAGAAAUAGAUAGUUUGAUAGUUGGUCUUGGGAUCUUCCAGUAGUCUUCCAGCGUGUCUGUGUUUGAUCUGAUGCUGGUCGUGACUCUACAGACACUACAGGUGCACAUUUUGUAAGGCUGUAAAUAGACUGAAGCGGUGCAUAUUUCUCUCGGUUUGUAUCUGCUGAACUCACUCAUCAAUAAAGUGUUGAUUUCCAAAAAACA